CUUCCAUGCCUUGUUGUUGUUGCCGUUAAUACAUCGUGAAUAUCUGUGUAUUUUUGGUGUGGUUGCUCCGGAAGAUCAACACCCAGGGACCUCAGCAACCCUCCGGUUUGCCGCGCCGAAGGGUCUUGUGUUGUUUUUAUUUUUUUUGCUUUUUUUUUUUUUCUUCAUUUCUUGAGGCAACGUGGAUUUAUUUACCCUGCCCCGCUUCUCCUCCGUCGCUCGUUAUUUUUAGAGGACGGGGAGAGGAAAGAAAGCGAACAAUUUUGGACUUCUUUUUGCUUUGUUUUGUUUUCGGAAAGGAGGAUUUUGUCCAAUUAAAGAAAGAGGAAUGAAGUCUGGCGCUGGAGGAGAGUCCCUCGCCGUCGUCUGGGGGUUCCUGCUCGUCUUCGCCGCACUUUGUCUGUGGCCAACAAAUGGGGAAAUUUGCGGGCCAAACGUUGACAUUCGCAAUGAUAUCCACGAGCUGAAGCGCCUGGAGAACUGCACGGUGAUCGAGGGUUUCCUGCAGAUCCUGCUCAUCUCCAAAGCAGAGGAUUACCGCAGCUUCCGCUUCCCGAAGCUCACCGUCAUCACUGACUAUCUGCUGCUCUUCCGUGUGGCAGGCUUGGAAAGCCUCAGUGACCUCUUCCCCAACCUCACAGUCAUUCGUGGCAGGAACCUCUUCUACAACUAUGCCUUGGUUAUCUUUGAAAUGACAAAUCUGAAAGAGAUCGGGCUUCACAACUUGAGGAACAUCACCCGCGGGGCCAUCCGGAUCGAGAAGAACUCUGACCUGUGUUACCUCUCCACGGUGGACUGGUCUCUCAUCCUAGAUGCAGUGUCCAACAACUACAUCGUUGGGAAUAAACCUCCAAAGGAAUGUGGGGACUUGUGCCCGGGAACAAUGGAAGAGAAGCCGUUGUGUGAGAAGACAUCUAUUAACAAUGAGUACAACUACCGCUGCUGGACCACCAACCACUGCCAGAAAAUGUGCCCCAGCUCGUGCGGGAAGCGAGCCUGCACAGACCAAAACGAGUGUUGCCACCCCGAGUGCCUGGGGAGCUGCACGGCGCCCGACAACAACACGGCGUGCGUGGCCUGCCGCAACUACUACUACGAGGGCGUGUGCCUGCCCACCUGCCCGCCCAACACCUACAAGUUCGAGGGCUGGCGCUGCGUCACCAGGGAGUUCUGCUCCAAGGUCCCCGCCACGGACGCCAGCGAGUACGAGAGGUUCGUGAUCCACAACGACGAGUGCAUGGCCGAGUGUCCCUCGGGCUUCAUCCGCAACGGCAGCCAAAGCAUGUUCUGCAGCCCUUGUGAGGGGCCUUGCCCCAAAAUUUGUGAGGAUGGGAAAACGAAGACCAUUGACUCAGUCACGUCAGCACAAAUGUUGCAGGGAUGCACAAUUCUCAAGGGAAAUCUGCUGAUCAACAUCCGGCGUGGAAAUAACAUUGCCUCAGAACUGGAGAAUUUUAUGGGUCUGAUUGAGACAGUGACGGGGUAUGUGAAGAUCCGUCAUUCCCACGCGUUGGUCUCCCUGUCUUUCCUGAAGAACCUGCGCUACAUUCUGGGAGAGGAACAGGUGGACGGGAAUUAUUCCUUCUAUGUGCUUGACAACCACAAUCUUCAGCAACUGUGGGACUGGAACCAUCAUAACCUGACAAUCAGUGAGGGGAAAAUGUACUUUGCAUUUAAUCCUAAACUGUGUGUUUCUGAGAUUUACCGAAUGGAGGAAGUUUCAGGAACCAAGGGACGACAGAGCAAAGGAGAUAUAAAUCCAAGGAACAAUGGGGAGAGAGCCUCUUGUGAAAGCAAAAUCCUGCAUUUUGUUUCCAACACGACGCUCAAGAAUCGGAUUAAACUGACAUGGGAGCGGUAUCGCCCUCCAGAUUACAGAGACCUCAUCAGCUUCACUGUUUACUACAAAGAGGCACCAUUCAAAAAUGUGACAGAGUACGACGGGCAAGAUGCGUGUGGCUCCAAUAGCUGGAACAUGGUUGAUGUUGACCUGCCACCAAACAAAGAGAACAAUCCUGGAAUUCUGCUGCAGGGGUUGAAACCUUGGACUCAAUAUGCCAUUUAUGUCAAGGCUGUUACCCUCACAAUGAUGGAAAAUCAUCAUAUUCAUGGAGCAAAAAGUGAAAUUAUAUAUAUUCGAACCAAUGCUGCAGUGCCAUCCAUUCCCCUGGAUGUUAUUUCAGCAUCCAACUCCUCAUCCCAGCUGAUUGUGAAAUGGAAUCCUCCCUCUCUUCCCAACGGGAACCUCUCGUACUACAUCGUGCGCUGGCAGCAGCAGCCUCAGGACAGUUACCUGUACAGACACAAUUACUGCUCCAAAGAUAAAGUCCCAAUUCGAAGAUAUGCUGAUGGGACCAUUGAUACAGAAGAAGCCACUGAGCCCACCAAGCCAGAGGGCUGUGGGGGAGAGAAAGGACCUUGUUGUGCUUGUCCCAAGACAGAGGCAGAAAAGCAAGCGGAGAAGGAGGAAGCAGAGUACCGCAAAGUCUUUGAGAACUUCCUUCAUAACUCCAUCUUUGUCCCCAGGCCCGACAGGAAGCGGAGGGACGUGUUCCGAAUCGCCAACGCCACCCUGGCCACUCGGAGCAGGAACGCGACCGGGAGCGACCACUUCACCAACGCCUCCGACGCGGAGGAGAGCGAGGUGGAGUAUCCCUUCUUUGAGACCAAGGUGGAUGGCAAGGAGAGAACUGUCAUCUCCCAUCUCCAGCCCUUCACUCUGUACCGCAUCGACAUCCACAGCUGCAACCACGAGGCCGACACGCUCGGCUGCAGCGCGUCCAACUUCGUGUUUGCCAGAACGAUGCCCUCAGAGGGAGCAGAUAACAUUCCAGGAACGGUGUCAUGGGAAGCAAAAGAGGAAAAUACUGUCUACCUGAAGUGGUUGGAGCCUGCAAAUCCAAAUGGGCUAAUCCUGAUGUACGAAAUCAAAUACGGGCAGCACGGCGAGGAGAAGCGAGAGUGUGUUUCCAGACAGGAAUACAAGAAGCUGGGAGGAGCUAAACUAACUCACCUGAACCCUGGAAAUUAUUCUGCCAGAGUUCAGGCCACUUCCUUAGCUGGGAAUGGGUCCUGGACUGAGCCCAUCUCUUUCUAUGUGCAGCCCAAAUCAGCAAACUAUGGAAACUUCCUGCACUUGGUGAUUGUGCUCCCUCUUGCUCUGCUGCUCAUCCUUGGGGGUUUGCUGAUAAUGAUCUAUGUCUUUAACAAAAAGAGGAACAGUGACAGACUGGGCAAUGGAGUACUUUAUGCUUCUGUGAACCCCGAGUACUUCAGUGCCUCAGAUGUGUAUGUGCCAGACGAGUGGGAGGUGCCCCGGGAGAAGAUCACCAUGUGCCGGGAGCUUGGGCAAGGCUCCUUUGGAAUGGUGUACGAGGGAAUAGCCAAGGGAGUGGUGAAGGAUGAGCCAGAGACACGGGUGGCCAUCAAGACGGUCAAUGAGUCUGCGAGCAUGCGCGAGAGGAUCGAGUUCCUCAACGAGGCCUCGGUGAUGAAGGAGUUCAACUGUCACCAUGUGGUUCGGCUGCUUGGUGUUGUUUCUCAGGGCCAGCCUACGCUGGUUAUCAUGGAGCUGAUGACACGUGGGGACCUCAAGAGUUACCUGAGAUCAUUGAGGCCAGACACAGAGAACAACCCCGGGCAGGCGCCGCCGACGCUGAAGAAGAUGAUCCAGAUGGCGGGGGAGAUCGCCGACGGCAUGGCCUACCUCAACGCCAACAAGUUCGUGCACAGGGACCUCGCCGCCAGGAACUGCAUGGUGGCCGAGGACUUCACCGUCAAGAUUGGAGAUUUUGGCAUGACGAGAGAUAUCUACGAGACAGAUUAUUACCGGAAAGGAGGGAAGGGCUUGCUGCCUGUCCGCUGGAUGUCCCCGGAGUCGCUGAAGGAUGGAGUCUUCACAACGCACUCCGACGUCUGGUCCUUCGGGGUGGUGCUGUGGGAGAUCGCCACGCUGGCCGAGCAGCCGUACCAGGGCAUGACCAACGAGCAGGUGCUGCGCUUCGUCAUGGAAGGGGGGCUGCUGGAGAAGCCCGACAACUGUCCCGACAUGCUGUUCGAACUGAUGCGCAUGUGCUGGCAGUACAACCCCAAAAUGAGACCCUCCUUCCUGGAAAUCAUCGGUAGCAUCAAAGACGAGCUGGACCCAGCCUUCAAAGAGGUCUCCUUCUUCUACAGUGAAGAGAACAAGCCUCCGGACACAGAGGAGCUUGACCUGGAGACUGAAAACAUGGAGAGCAUUCCUUUAGACCCCUCCUCCACCCUGCAACCCACUGACAAGCACUCAGGACACAAGGCCGAGAACGGCCCCGGCGUGGUGGUGCUGCGGGCCAGCUUCGAGGAGCGACAGCCGUACGCGCACAUGAACGGGGGCCGCAAGAACGAGAGGGCCCUGCCGCUGCCACAGUCCUCGGCCUGCUGAUCCUCGGAGCAUAACACACACACAGGCAUCGGGGGAAGACAGAAAGAAAUCACAAUAGAUUCAAAAGCCUACUGUACCUCAGUGGAUCUUCAGAACUGCCAUAGCUGCACUUGGGAGAACCCUUUUUUCAGUAAACAAGUUACCGUCUUUUUCUUUUUUUUUUUUUUUCAAUAUGCAAGCAGAUGUUCGUUUCAGUCAAGGACUCCAGUCAUGGGGCACACAGUUGGCCUUUUAAAACUCUUAAUGUUAACACUUAAUAGCAACAGAAAACUUGAGAUCUGAUGUCUCUCUCUUCUCUCUCAUCUCUUCUUUCUCUUUCUUUCUGUCUCUCUUUUUGCUUCAUAAUGGGAAACAUAUCUGCGUGCAAGUUCAACCGUACGGCACUUUUAUCAGAUCAAAGAUAUCGCAGGCCAGGUGGUUCCCGGUGCCCCUGCAAGCACCUGCCUCACACUGUAGGUCUUUAUAAAAAAAACAGAAACAAACAAAAACCACAAACAAACAAAAAAACCACACACAAAAAAACCCUAAACUAAAAAAGACUGGAUUUUUAAUGUUGCUCUUUAAUCUUUUUAGGAACAUGUAAAAGAAUAAAAAAGGGCCAUCAUUCGUCCAAGGCUGUUACCAUUUUCAACGCUGCCAAAUUUUGCCAAAAAAAAAAAAGGAAAAAAAAGAACUUUGUUUUUUGUUUUCGUUUGUUUUUUUGGUUUCUUCUUUUUUUUUGUAGUCAUGGAAGGAGCACAGUAAUCAACUGCUCUGUUCAAAACAGAUGCUGACCAAUAUGUCUAUUCAGUCAUGCACUGGUAUUUAAAAAAAAAAAUUAAAAAAAGUCAAAUUGUCUAGAUCUUUUUUCAAAACUGGACAAAAUGUGAUUUUUAAAUUUUUUUUUCUUGUGAUGGAGAAGAUAAAAGGGAUGGGGUAAAGAACCAGCCCUCCCUCCACCCCUGUCCCCAUCCCAGUGAAUUCUGGACAAAACUGGCAGUGGUGAGCUAAACAAACACGUGCAUUUCGUACAAAAAAAGUCAACCGCCCGCCAAAAAUGAGUUCUGAAAAACCUGAAUGUGAGCGGCUGAGACCUCCAUCGCUGCAGCCUGCCUUCCUUCACAGGCUUGCAAGGAAAAACACCUAGAAACAUAAAUUGGAGAAGACAAAAAAACGCAGUAACCGGAUUCAAGUAUAUGAUGCUUUGUUGACCUUUUCUCUUUAUUAUUAAGACUUCUCGAAGGGUCUUGCAGUUCUAUGUUAGACCAUGGAUCAUUUGCAUACACAUUGUCUUUUGUGUCACUUUUAUAACUUUCUUACGGUUCAGAUACUCAUCUAUAUGUCUGUACAGAAAAAAGCUGCUAUUUUUUUUGUUCUUUAUCUUUGUGGAUUUAAUCUAUGAAAACCUUCAGGUCUGCCCUCCUUCCCUUCCCUUCCACUUCAACAAAUUUUCUUAUGCUUUGUACUAUAGUGUGUAACUUUUACUUCCUCCUUCCCAGUAACUGAUACCUUUCAUAUGAUUUGCCAUGAACUGUUUAAUGCCUUUUUAUAAAUACAUUUCCUUUUUUUUUUUUUUUUUUUUUUUCUCCUUCCCAUUAGUUGUUUUACAACAUCUUGGCUGUGUGGGCUGCAGGGCUUUGGAGGGGGACAAGGAGAAAGAAGGGACACCCUGCACAGGAACACUCUGGCAGUGCUGUGGUGUUUUUAAGCCCCAGUUUUCCUUCCUUCCUUCCCACUAACCUCUGCCCAGACAGCACGCGAGUCUCUUACAGUGCAAGGCGUGAUACAAACUCAGGUCAGAAACAAAAGGUUAACUAUUUAGUACAUUCUUGUUCAGUGUUUAUAUUCAUUGUUGUACAAGGGUCCUACCCCUCUUGCCCUCCCCGCUUGUUCUGGUCGUGGCACACAUCCACCCGCCCAUCCUCACACAGACACACACACACACAUGUAUUCUUUUUAAAUUAUUCGUUGGGUACAACAGCAGACACCAGGCUUUUGGGUCACUGAUCCUUAAAAAGAUUCUUUCAACCCUUCCACCUGUGAACAAGAGCUGUGCCAGGUGCAGCUGGCGAUGCCAGGCAUUCCUAGGGUGGCUGUCGAACCCCUGGCUCCAGCCAACCCCAGCUCUUCACCUUCCUGAUGGGGAAGCCCUCAUGGAGGGAAUCCCUUUUGGAGGGCACCUGGGCUGCCCUUCCCACCCCUGGUGAAGAAAUCCACCCCCAUCCCCAGGGAAGGCCCCGCGCCGUUUCCGUGGGGCUGGUGGGAAGCUCGGAGCUGGGGCCGGCGGCUUGGCUGGCAAACAGUGAAGUGUUGGCAGCUAUGGAAACCUGUACAAGUCCACGCUUGUGGCUUAAAUCACAGACCAAACCUCAGAACAAAAGAAGACGAGUGAGCUUGCUCAGUUGCAGAAGCCUUGGUGAGAGGGGAAGGAGGGGCCAUCAGGAAGUCGACACCCAAGGAGUCGUACCAGUCGCUCAUCUUACCUUAGUUCCAGUCUAGGCCUUUGUUUAGCACUGAUCCAACCAAACGAUGGCAGGAAGAGGUGGUUCUGGGAUGGAAAUGUUCAAAUCUGUUGAGUAAGAACAAUGAGUUAAAAUAUACUGAUUGCUAGUUUUGACUGGAGAUUUUUAAAAGUUUGUAGUGCUUUUUGCUUGUGUAGUUUAGGUCCCAUUAUCUUCUCUUGCCUCUGUCCCAUAGUUAUUUUUCCCUUUGAAAAUGAAAAAGACAAAAAAGUUAAUUAAGAAGGUAUUCUAUGUAGGAUUUUUUAUUUAUUUUUGUGAUAUCAGUUUAAAUCACUGUAGAGAUGCCCCAUAAUGAAUUUAAAUACUGAGAUAAGGGUUUUAGAGUAUGACAGGGGGACAGUUUUUGAUUUUUUUUUUUCAAACAUUUAUCUACCUCACUCUUAUUUUUUUAUAUGUGUGUAUAUAAAAAAAAUACAUCUCACAUUUCUCAGCAGCCAAUAAAUGCCGUUGAUACUGGUAACCUCUCACUCCAUAUACCACAUGCUCUAGGUUCUGGAGGGGAACAGUCACUGCCUGUCACAGAGGGUCACCUCAGAAUAUUUGCCUCAAUUCCAAGGGGUUUCUCUGAUUUUUUAAAAUCCGUUGUUGUGAGGAGAAAUCCAGGAGUUGUCUGACUUAGGGUGACCGUUCUUUAAGGAAACACAGGGGCUUUUUAAUGUGCUGUCACAGCAGCCCUUGGGUCAGCAGCAAAACGCUGCACGUUUGGAUGAGUGGAAAUGCUGACCCCAUAUGGGAACUUCAAAUUGUGAGUAUUUCCUGAAAUCUGUUACAGAAAUCAAAUGUUUACAAUGUUUGAAGGUCCAGAAGAAAUACUAAAGGGAGUGGUCUUUCUGUUUGUCCUGUAGAAUGGACUAAGUCAUUCCUGCCAGUUCUUGCUCAGAUGUCACAAACAUCAAAAAGGUAUUUGGCUGAAUCAGAACCCAAAAAUAAAUCGGCUCAUAUGUGAUGGCAUUGCUUUCUUGACUAAAACCUGUCACAGGCUGCCUGAUGAUAAUACUACAUCAAAUUUACAGCUUUGGUCUUUGCUGCUUCUCUUUAAUGAGAGCACUGAUUUUUUUUAAAACUUUUUUUUCAAAACUAACAUUGAAUUGAUUUCUUUUAAUGUGCCAGUAAAAAGUCAGUUCCCUUUUCUUCCCCUGUUUAUAUGCAUAAUAACUGUGGAUUCUGAUGGACCAGCCAUCAAAUUUUAACUGCCCUCUGAAAGCGUGUAACUGGUUUACAAGCACACAGGACUAACACGAGCUUGCCAUCAACUUGCUGUAUAAUGUUUCCUUUUUUUCCAGCUCUGGCAGCUGUUUGUGCAGGUGUUGGUUGUGGUAUCUGAGUAAUGUGGUGCUUGGCUACUUGGAGUUGUACCCGGCCUCUUGGAUAGUGCUGUGAUCAAUUACUACAGUUUGUCUUUGGAGGGAGCGUUUCUCCCUAGUCCUGAGAAACCAGCAAAAUUGGAAGUUUUUACUAGAUUGGUUUGGUUUUCCAUGUUGAUGUUCUAGUGACCUUUGGGUGCAGUGGCUGUUCCCCUCCCUUGCACAUAUUGAUUACCACAACUGGAGAUCCUCAGAUCUUUCAGCUGGCUAGGAGGGUUUUGUUAAAACUGUCCGAGUUACUGGUUUGUAGAAUUGUACAUAGGUGGUUUUACAAUGCAUUAGGAAGAAACACUAAUGACGUAGCAUCACGAGAAGCAUUUCAAAAAGCACUUCAGUAGAAGACAGCCACGAGGCCUUGCGUCCGUGUGCGUGAUGGCAGUCAGCUCUCCUGGACCAAACCACCUUCAUGAUACCGUUGCAUUCUGUGUUUGCAAUUCAAGCUUGAUUCCUUUUUUGUUCUGUUUGUUUCCAUAGCUUUUUUUGUUGUGUUUUGUGCAUUUUGAAUAGCUUUAUUCACAUGGGUUUUUCAUGCAGACUUCCCUUGGACAGUAAAUCGAGUUGUUUGUGCAUGUGAACAACUGAGAAUUAAUGUUGGCUUGAUAGAGUCAUAAUAUGGUUUGUAAUGUUGUUCUUCCCUGAGACCACUGGCUUGUCUGGUAUGGAAAAUUUAUUUAGAACUUCAGCUAUGUUUGAAUAAAGUUAAAGUAAUCCAGUUUGUUUAUAAAUUAAACACAAAAGCCCACCCAGCCCUGAAAACCAGCAUUGUGACGAAUGGCACCGAGACGUUUGGACGCAGUGGGAUAACGAGCUGGCGUCGCCGAGGGGAGCAGGGCCAGGACUGCAGGGCUCGGCUGCAGCUCUCUCCUGACUGGCAGUGCAGAGUGCCCGUGGCAGAGGAGGUGGUGUGGCUGCACGGCUGCUGUGCCAGCCCCAGCUGAAUCAGGCGCUCCUUGGGGGGAUGAUGAACCAGCGGCGGCAGCCGAGCGCGGUGCAAGGCGCGGAGCCGCCCUGUGUGAUGCCCCUGCUCCUCCCAGCUGGUGCCAGGUGCUGUGUGGUUCCAGGUGCGGCUGCACUGGUGCUCCUCUUGGUCUCGUAAAACAAAGGAAAGAAAGCCCAGUUUGCCCAGGACGACUGGUGACCAGAGGGAGCUGCUGUCAGGCCCUCUGGGAACUGCUGAGGGGUGUUGGGUACGAUCCGAGUCGAAGUGAACAACACUCCUACUGUUGGUGUAACUCCAUACAUAUAUAUCUAUAUAUACAUAUAUAUAUCUGCAUAUGUAUAUCUAUAAUAUAGAUAUAUAUAUACUUAAACCCUUUUCAUUCCAUUAGUACAAGUAACACUUGUUUCCUGUUAUUCUUAUUUUGUUUGUCAACCGUGUAUUCAAUCACUGGGCUGAACAACAGUGGAGGAAGGUGCAAGGGAUCCACUCCUUACUAACCAGUGAUAAAGCCAGAUAUUGCAACUUAAACCCAUGAGUAGAUGUGUAGACAAGGAUUGAAGAAUGAUGUGUAGAAACAACACAAGUGGCCAGGGGUGCUGAAGAUACAGAACUCAAGUAGACAGGAGGGCUUUGAAGGACACCUUGGUUCAGAAGUGGUUGCUCAGAGGUGCUGAACAGCCUCUGAUGCAGAGCAGCCAGGUCAGUCAGCACGGAGGAGUUUGUGGGGAGACACCUGAAAACAAAGGACGCAGCAGUGGGGAUUUACAGAGACACAGGGCUUGGCAGAAGUUUGAGGUAGUAUCCUGAGCUUAAUCUGUGGGAUAGCCUCAGCGCUCAGGUGUCCCAGUUCUGGUGGUUGGUACCUGUAAAUGAACCUCUGGACUUGGCAGCUGGAGCAGUAAGUUCCUUACCAGGAGCGUGGCGGUGGUUGGUCAUCGGCCUGUACGGAUCGGUCUCGCCUGCAGUCGGCCUGUUUUGCAAGUACCUUAGGACUUCACUAGUUUGUGUGUGUGCAUAUGUGUGUGUGUGCUCAUAUAUAUUUUUUUGGGUAUGUGUUCUGUUGAUUAGUAACCAUUGAUUAGCAUUUUCAAUAGGGCUUUAAGUCCAGUAGAUUACGGGUAGUCAGUUGACGAAGAUCUGGUUUACAAGAACUAAUUAAAUGUUUCAUUGCGUUUUGUAAGUACAUAGAAUAAUUUUAUAAAAUGUUUGUAGUUUAUAAAUGCCUAAAAUAUAAUUUAAGGGCACUUUUCUGUGUCUGUGUGUGGGUGUGUCUGUCUGUGAUCAGUUUUUCCAUGGUACCAGUUACUAGUUAGCUUUACAAUAUGCCAAAAAGGAAUCGCUGACUUGUCCAGUUCAUGGCUUGUCCCUCUCCCCCGUCCCGCCCAAGCUUUGUGACCCAGUAUACAGCGAGUGAGUAAAGGAGUUGGGAAAAUGUUCUGUAUCUUCAGUAUCCUGGUCUUCCAGAGCCCUCUGGUUGGGGUGGGAUCAUCUUACCUGGUCAUUUCACUUUGCUGUCUAGGGCAGUUACCUUCAUGGAUGACAGGAACCUCACUGGUCGGGGAAACAGAGCAGGGUUUGCUGCUCCCCGGCUCUCGGGGCCGCGCAGCACCUGCGCCACGGGGCCCUCGUGCUUUGAGGGAUGCGACUGCACAAGGGAAAGAGGGAAGGUGGUUUUGGUAAUGACUGUUGAAGAACUCUUUGCAAAUUUCUUAUCACUUUAAAUGCUUUUGUGCAGCCUCUAAAGAUGUUGAGCACCAUUGGAAGCUUUGUUGAAAUGAGCAAGGCAGGGUCCCUAUUUAUUGUUAUUUAAAAAUCUUGAAGAUCCGACCUCUCUGCUGUGGACAGGGACACCUUUCUCUUCUUCUGUUUUCUGAACCAGUGAGGUUUUGAGAUGAAAUGAUUGGCCAGAGUUUGUCUACCUCUGGGACAAAAAACUAGAAAGUGCUAAGGAAUGGAUGCAGUUGCAAAUACAUUUUCCAAUUUUUCUUGCUUAAAUUUUUUUAAGAGAAAAUUAAACAAUAACAUGGCCAAUUUAUUACAUAAAAAGACUUGCUGUGUAUAAAUUAUUCCUAAAGAAAUUCCUGUGUUUAUAUUAAAAUGAAUCAGUAGAUAAAAAAAAAAAAUUCAAAAUGUUUUUGUAUAUUCUGUUGUAAGAAUUUAUUCCUGUUAUUGCGAUAUACUCGGGAUUCUUUACAUUAUGAAAAGAAGAAACUUUGUCUAUUUUGAAUGGCUGAAGCUAAGGCUCCUUUAGUUUCUCUUACUCUGCUUUUUUCUAGUAGUUUCAGUACUACAUGAUUUAAGUUAAAUAAAAGAAUUCUGUAUGCA